AUGCCUCGUGCGGUGCUCGUUGACUCGGAUUCGGCGUUGUCCAAUACGAUCGGUGGGCAACGGUGUGGUAGUAACGCAUAUAGAAAGCAAAACUUUGUGGGCGGGCAUGGCGGAACCGGAAGUAACUUCGCCAGAGGCUAUUAUGGUAGCAAUGAAAUAUCGAGUUUAGUCGCGGACGCUGUCCAGUCAGAAGUAGAGCGGUGCGAUCGGCUUCAAGGGUUUCAGUUGGUGCACUCGAUGGGCGGCGGCACAGGCUCUGGCCUAGGUGGACGCGUACUGGACAACAUCCGAGUAUUAUACCCAAACCAGGUGGUUCACACGUACAGUGUAGCACCGUGGACGACCGUGUCGGAUGAGCCUACUGAAUCGUACAACGUGUUACUGUCCGCGGCCCGGUUGGUUGGCGGUGCGCAUGCGACAUAUCUGGUAGAUAACCGAGCGCUAUUUGAUGCAUGCUGUGAUAGUGGUAGUAGUGGUGGAGGUGUAUUCGCUGUCCCUGCAUACGCUGAUCUCAACCACCUGGUGUCGCAGAUCAUGUCUGGCACGACGACCGGACUCCGGUUCUCCGGCAGAUUGAACACCGACAUGAGAAAGUGCAUCGCUAACCUAGUGCCGUAUCCGAGACUGCACUUCUUUGUGCCGGAAUUUGCACCGCUCACGUUCCGCGGACAAACGGACGCGUGCGUGCACUCCAUUUCCGAGCUGGCCACACAGCUAUUCGAAGCAGUGCGGCUGCAGCGGCAUUGCACCGGCGCUGAUACCAUUGAGGCUGUCGUUAUGGCUGCCGUCAUGACGUUUCGGGGCAGAGGCUUGGAGACCGACCGCAGUGGCAGUGUACCACUGCAGCCGAUUACAGGAUGUAGUCGUAUGUCUGACCCAGAACGUUGUUGGUUACCAGACAACCUCAAGACUGCUAGUUACGGUGUACCGUGUUACGGAAUCGAGAAUAGUGGUACGGUAGUGGCCAAUACGACAGCGGUUCGGGACGUACUCGAACGGGACUGUCAGCGGUUCGCGUCAAUGUUGGCAAAACGAAAGCUGUUACACAAGUACACCGAAGAGGGAAUGGAUUCAGAUGAAUUUCGAGUUGCAUUGGAACAGAUCGAAUCGCUGUUGGCUGAAUACUUGGUGAUCGAGCAGAUCAACUGUAGCGGUGACGAUAACGAUGACAGACAAUCAUCUACAAGUACGAGCUGCACGGUCGCAUUAUCGACAGUUGAUGAAUGUAAGCCACCGGUGCUUUAAAUAUUUUAAUGUAGGACAUUAAAUCAAUUAUUUACAUAGAAAGAUAUAUUUUCGUUUAUUGUAAGCAACUCACACAAUUAUGGGGAUUGAUCAAGGGCGCCCAUAUGGGGGGCAAGGAUGGACAUGUUCCCCCCCAGGAAAAUUUUGAAAAAUUGUUUACAUAAGAUCUACAAUGAGUGAAGAUAGACUUGAUGGAUUAGGCAUGAUAAGCGUACAUAGGAGAAAAAAUUGAUGAUAAAACGAAUGAAUACAUAGAAUAAGU